AAUAUUAUUAUGAAAAUGCCGUCUAUGCCCCUUGAAUAUUUCACGUGUUUCGAUUUUGUUUUCUCUUUUCAUGUGGAUGUGUACCGGGUGUCCAGCCGCUUAGUUCAGUCGUGCAAGCAAGUCGUGGAGCGCUACUCGGAGAAGUACUACACUGGCUGUUGGUCCUGGGACCUCAAAUGUACUCGAUAUCGUGACAAGUAUCGCUUGGCCACACAGUGCAAUAAUGUCUGGCAAUACUACAUGGAAUACUUCUGCUGUGCAGGUUACACUGGACAGGGCACUACAUGUGUACCAGCAUGCAACCAAGUGUGUUACAACAAAGGAUGGUGCUCAUCACCAAACACAUGUACCUGCGCUGCCGGCUGGACUGGGAGUUCCUGUCAAACACCGGAGUGCACCAGUGCGUGUUUGAAUGGCGGUGCCUGCACUGCACCGUACACAUGUACAUGUGCAGCGGGAUACACCGGCGCUACGUGUAACGCUGUGUGUCCAGCAGGAACAUACGGCGUUGGCUGCAAACCGUGUCCCUGUCUAAAUAGCGGCUCGUGCAACAAGUUUUCACCUUCAGCGGUGUGUUCAUGUACUCCAGGAUGGAGGGGCACUACAUGCAACCAGCGCUGUGACUCGGCUCACUACGGCCAGAACUGUGCCUCGACGUGCCAGUGUCUGAACGGUGCAGUCUGCGAUCAUAUCAACGGACAGUGCACGUGUCAGCCAGGAUGGAUGGGAACAAGGUGCGACACACCGUGUGCCAGUGGACAUUACGGUCAGAACUGCGCUUUGUCUUGCGCCUGUCAGAACGGUGCAGCCUGUAGUGGAGUGGAUGGCAGUUGCACGUGCACACCCGGUUAUAAGGGAUCGCUGUGCUCGGAGACGUGCUCACCGGGCAUGUACGGUGCAGGCUGUGCAUCUCCGUGUCUCUGUCAGAACGGUGCCACGUGUGAUCCGGUCACCGGUGGCUGUACGUGUGCUCCCGGGUACAUUGGAACACGCUGUGAAAACACGUGUCCAUCCCGUCAGUAUGGCGAUCAAUGCGUCCAGGCAUGCCAGUGCUCUUCAAACUCUACGUGCAGUCCCAUCGACGGUUCGUGCAGCUGCAACGAUGGCUGGAAGGGGUUGUUGUGCACCGUGGUGUGUCCGCGUAAACCGAACGGACAGUUUGACUGCUUGACGGCUUGCCCGCAGGUCUGCUUGAAUGGUGGAACCUGCAAUGAGUUCAUUGGCGAGUGCGUUUGUCCACCAGGAUUCAAUGGAACAGCAUGUCAAGAUGCCUGUAUACCAGGAACCUACGGCACAGGCUGUAUGGAGGUCUGCGAGUGUAUGAACGAAGCGAAUUGCUCCGCUAUCGACGGCUCGUGUUCCUGCCAGCCUGGUUGGCAUGGCGAUAUCUGCAACAUGACGUGUCCGACGGGUUCCUAUGGUGACGGCUGUUCCCAGGCAUGCCUGUGCAAGAAUGAUGCCGUGUGUGAUCAUGUGACAGGAGCAUGUACAUGUGUGGGAAGAUGGCUGGGUGCUCAGUGUCAACAUCCCUGUCCCGAAUGGCAAUACGCCAGCAGCAACUCAACGUGUGAUGACUGUGUGUGCAACCAGUCAAGCACUGAUAUCUGUGAUCGCUUCACAGGUCUGUGUGAUUGCAGUGCCGGCUAUUCUGGAAUGGACUGUGCGUACUACUGCCCACGUCUGACCUACGGCCAAGAUUGCGCAUCAGCCUGCGCGUGCGACAACGACGCCACUUGUGAUCCGUUCACCGGAGCAUGUCGAUGCGCCCCGGGUUUCAUUGGUGACACUUGCAACCAAACAUGCCCUGUUGGCUGGUAUGGACUGAAUUGCUCAACGACAUGUACAUGCAUCAACGGUGCAGCAUGCUCUGCCAGCAACGGUACCUGUGUCUGCACCCCCGGCUGGAAAGGGGAGAACUGCUCGGAGGUGUGCGAGCAGGGUGCGUACGGACAGUGGUGUGCACUGCCGUGCACGUGCCAGAACGGAGCGGCUUGUCAUCCCGUCACCGGUGCAUGCACGUGUACGGACGGUUGGAUUGGCGCCGUGUGCGACCAGCCUUGUCCGGCCAACAAGCAUGGAUUUAACUGUUCCCUGGAUUGUCAGUGCAACGGCCGGGCACAAAAUGGCUGCCACCAUAUCACUGGUGUCUGCAACUGCGAUGCCGGAUGGCAAGGUGACCGUUGUGAGUCACCAUGCAAUGGGACAGCAUAUGGUCUGAACUGUGCACAGGCGUGUCUGUGUGAGAACGGCGCACUGUGUGAUCCGAUCACUGGAGAGUGCAACUGCUCCACCGUGUCCGGCUGGACGGGUGUCAACUGCGAGGAAGUUUGUCCAAUUGGACAAUGGGGUGCCAACUGUACAUCAUCGUGUUCAUCGCUGACUUGUCCGGCUCAUUCCGGUGGUCUAUGUUAUCCGGACACUGGAGAGUGUGCUUGCCCCAUGGGAAGCAGGCCACCCAACUGUAGCACAUCCUGUGAGCCUGGUCAGUUUGGCUUGAUGUGCCUGGAGUCUUGUGUGUGCAAGAAUGGUGCCGAGUGUGAGCCGACCUUGGGAAACUGUAGCUGCAAAGCGGGAUGGAAGGGCGAUGAUUGCAAUACAAUUUGCCCAAUCGACAGGUGGGGAGAGUUUUGCACCAAGACGUGUGACUGUGUACAAGGAGAGGGUGGCUGCGCUCCGACCACCGGCAGUUGCAUUUGUCGACCAGGAAGAACUGGCACGAUCUGCGAUGAAACAUGCAAGCAAGGAACGUUCGGCUUCCGCUGUGGUCAAACAUGCGAGUGCUACAAUGGCGCCACUUGUGAUCCAGGCAAUGGUGCAUGUACAUGCGCGGCUGGAUGGACUGGCUUCAAGUGCACAAUUCACCUGGAUGUUGAGGCUGAGACUACGGAGGUCGCCAUGGUUGCGACGGGCGAGGACGAGGGCGUGACGGAAAACCAGGUGACCGGCAGCACUAGCAACACGAUCUACAUCAUCAUCGGCGUGGCGGGCGGCGCCGUGCUCAUUCUCAUCGUAGCCAUCAUCACCAUCACCUGCAAGUACAAGAAAGCCAAUAAGGCUUACAAGCUCAGUGAUCAUCCAACAGCUUCCUAUCACCGAGGAACAUCAGGGGAAAAUGCCAAUGGAAAUGCUUAUGAGGAUGAAGUGGUCAUAAAUCACUACGGCGAGUCCGGGCAGUCGCCACCAGAAUCGCCUGCUCUGGAAAACCCGCAGUACUGGUCGUCGCAGAACACUGGCCAGGACAAGGACAACACGAUGGCCUUGUAUAACACCGCAGAUCCGACUGCAAAUGUUGGAUCGGGUAAACCGCCCAUGGCUCGUUACCAGAACACCAUGCCGGCCCAUGCCAGCACUGCUCAACAGCAGCAGUAUCAAAACACCACGGUUGAUGGAUUGCCAACUGGCAGCAACACCUUGCCAGCUGGCAGUCCCACAUAUCAAACCGUGCCAGGCCUUGGACAGCAGCGUCCGGUGACGGUGAAUGUGGCCACACUACCUGGCCGGGUGUCCGUCGAUCACAGCUACCAGGAGCUGCACCGCAAGGACAGCCUCCCGCUGGGCGAUUCGUCCGUGCCCGUCCAGUACAGCAUGCUGCAGCGGGACGACUCGGAGCGCGGUGCCACUGCCACGGGCAACGCGUCGGGACGUGCCUCCACAAGGAGUGCGCAUACGUCCACGGCUGCACACGACGAUCAGUACGACCAUCCUGCGCCUAAAGGUCACCUGUCCCGUCAGCAAUCCGCCCAGGCCAGUACCAAGUCCAUGCAGCACGGCAACGUGUCCAUGGAGAGCUACGAGCACAUGGACAGCCCCCACGCGAGAAGGGCCAACUCUCGCUCUGCCCUGCUGACCAAUGCCGCCGCCGUGCCCGAAGCCGACGCGCAGUACAAUGUCCUGUCCCAUGCCAGCCAGGCACGUCCAGCUCAGGAUGGAAGCCAGUAUGCAAUGCUGAAGAGGACGGGCUCGACGCAAGAAGCCUACGACGUGCUGCGGAAGGGCACCUAGUACCACGACAAGACGUGGAGAGACGGAGGUGGAGAGAGAAACAUAGUGAGCCAACUACUGCCUGCUCAGAUACUUAACAGAACAUCAGGCAUGGAGCUUACUAAGUGUGGAGUGUGCUAAGCCUGUCAUUUAUCCGGCACAGAAAAGUGAGCUAAAUUCACCCAUUGUGAGUAGAUAUUUUGUUCCCGGUUCUCUCUCCCCAUGUUUACCCAGUGCCAUACAAGUGCAUGGUGAAAGAAAACACCCAGUGUAGCAUGAGCGCAGGCAAAGCCAUGGGGAUGGGUGUGUUGAAAUGCUUUUUUUUACAAUUUUAUUUUGAGUUGUAGGUUAGGUGGGAUAUUCUGGGUGUUGGCGACCGUUGUGAGUUUCCUCGGCAAAUUUAGUUCCAUUUUCUAUGAUGACCUGGAUGUACGAAUCGACCAGGGAGCUGUGCAGCUCCCUGGACUCGACCUUUUAUUUGGCUAAGACGCAUUCAAGCAUUACAAGUGACAUUUAACAAUCUCUUUGUCAAAACUUGAGGUAAAAUUAGUAUGUAGCGCUUGAGUUUUAUAGGCAUUUUCACUCACCUUGCUAAUCCCAGCUCUCAAGCCUUGACGCAUGCUAGUGAACUACAUGCCUUCAUUCCUUUAUUUUUUGCUGGCAUGAUUUCUAGCUACUUCAGACUACUCAAAUUAUAUAUUCUACAUCGUUUCCAAAGACUAGACCGAGACUCGUUCGCAAAUUCUUACUAGCUCUCAUCCACACACACACACACACACACACACACACACACACACACACACACACACACACACACACACACACACACACACACACACACACACACACACACACACACACACACCAACACACACACACACACACACACACACACACACACACACAAUCUCUAUGUUUGACUUUCAAAGAAACUAUAAGCCAAUCUUCCUUCUCGCUUCAAUCGCUUCUGGACCCUCAUACAUGUACAUAGCCUACCUUCGUCUUGGAGUCAAAAACCAAAAAGCCUAAGUGCCCCUUUUA